CCGAUGCGGAGUUUUGUGUCCAAAAGCCAUGCAGCAACCUUAUGAUUUCUUCAGUGAAGAGAACAGUCUGAAAUGGCGGGGGUUGUUUGUACCAGCUUUACGCAAGGUAUAUUCCAAAGAAGGUUUCCCUACUGUCCAGAAUAAGUCCAUUGAAACAGUGCAUCACAUCUUUUUGGAUUUAAACAGAAAAUGUUGGAAAUAUUCAGCAGACCAGGUUCAAAGGCAGGUACAUCCAACCCUCUCAGCAAAAGAAGAUGCCCUCUUUUACAUAGAAGAGUUGAUUCUUCAGUUAUUAAAUAUGCUCUGUGUUGCACAACCGCGGACUGUUCAAGAUGUAGAGGAACGUGUUCAGAAAUCUUUCCCACACCCAAUUGACAAAUGGGCUAUUGCUGAUGCACAGUCUGCUAUUGAGAAACGUAGAAGGAGGAAUCCUCUUCUUUUACCAGUGGAUAAAAUACAUCCUUUAUUAAAGGAUGUGCUAGGUUAUAAAGCAGAUUAUCAUGUUUCUCUUUACAUCGUGGCUGUGCUGGAAUACAUUUCAGCUGACAUUUUGAAACUAGCUGGAAACUAUGUAGGCAAUAUUCGACACUAUGAAAUUUCACAACAGGACAUUAAAGUGUCAAUGUGUGCAGAUAAGGUUCUUAUGGACAUGUUUGACCAGGAUGACAUUGGUCUGUCUUCAUUGGGAGAUGAUGGACUAAAUUCCACAGGUGAACAGCACUACUAUGACUUGGUGAAAGCUGAAAUUGCAGAGGAAAGGCAAUACCUACGGGAAUUGAACCUGAUUUUAAAAGUCUUUAGAGAGUCAUUUACAUCCAACAAUAAGCUGUUUACUGCUCGUGACAUUGAAAUAAUCUUCAGCAACAUCUUAGAUAUUCAUGAAUUGACUGUGAAGCUACUUGGAUUAAUGGAGGAUACUGUUGAGAUGACAGAUGAAAGUAACCCUCACCCAUUUGUUGGCAGCUGCUUUGAAGAUCUGGCAGAGGAGCAAGUAUUUGACCCAUAUGAGGUGUGUGCACAAGACAUUCUCUCACCGCAGUUUCAUGAGCAUUUCAACAAUUUAAUGUCCAGGUCAUCAGUAGCCUUGUACUUUCAGUCUAUUGCUGAAGGUUUCAAAGAAGCUGUUCAGUAUGUACUUCCACAACUACUGUUAGUCCCAAUAUAUCAUUGUUUGCAUUACUUCGAACUGUUGCAGCAACUACAGGAGCGAAGUGAAGAUGAAGAAGACAGAGAGUGUUUGAAACAAGCCAUUACUACUUUGCUGAAUCUUCAGUGUAGUAUGGAACGUAUCUGCAACAAGCACCUACCUAAACGCAGGGCUGGUCAGCCUUUACCUCGCCUUUACAACCACCAGAUAAGAAGUAAGCACCUUGCCAUCAAGAAAAUGAACGAAAUCCAGAAAAACAUUGAUGGAUGGGAAGGUAAAGAUAUUGGACAGUGCUGUAAUGAAUUUAUAAUGGAAGGAACACUAACCCGAGUAGGAGCAAAGCAUGAGCGGCAUAUUUUUCUUUUCGAUGGUUUAAUGAUCAGUUGCAGGAUCAAUCAUGGACAGUCCCGGCUACCAGGUUGUAGCAACGUCGAGUACAGACUCAAAGAAAAAUUUCUAAUGCGGAAAGUGAAAAUCAUUGACAAAGAUAACUCUGGUGAAUGCAAGCAUGCAUUUGAAAUCCUCUCCAAGGAUGAGAACAGUGUAAUAUUUGCUGCUAAGUCUGCAGAAGAUAAAAACAACUGGAUGGCGGCUUUGAUUUCACUUCAGUAUCGGAGUACACUGGAGCGAAUGUUAGACACAGUUCUUUUACAUGAGGCGAAGGAGCAACCACUGAGACUGCCCAGUCCAGAUGUAUAUAACUUUGCGGAAGAAGACUCUGAAGAGAACAUAGUAUUUGAAGAGAGUGUACAAGCUAAAUCUGGAAUACCGAUUAUAAAAGGAGGGAGUGUGCUAAAACUGAUUGAGAGGCUGACAUACCACAUGUACGCAGAUCCUAAUUUUGUGCGCACUUUUCUAACAACGUAUCGUUCAUUCUGCAAACCCCAAGAGCUGCUGAGCUUGUUAAUAGAAAGAUUUGAAAUACCUGACCCAGAGCCCACUGAGGCAGAUAAGCUCGCCAGAGAGAAGGGUGAACAGACAAUUAGUGCAGAAUUGAAGCGGUUUCGUAAGGAGUACAUCCAGCCAGUGCAACUCAGGGUGCUAAAUGUGUUUCGACAUUGGGUAGAACAUCAUUUCUAUGACUUUGAGAGGGAUAAUAUGCUACUUAAUAGGUUGGAAGCAUUUAUUUCAAGUGUGAAAGGGAAAGCCAUGAAAAAGUGGGUAGAAUCUAUUACAAAAAUUAUUAACCGCAAGAGACAAACUCAAGUAAAUGGAAUCAGUCAUGCUAUUACUUUUCCGGAUCCACCACCUCAAAUUGAAUGGCAUAUUAGUCGACCUGGGCAAAUUGAGACAUUUGAUCUUAUGACUCUUCAUCCAAUUGAAAUAGCACGACAGCUUACACUUUUAGAAUCUGAUCUUUACAGGGCUGUUCAACCAUCUGAGCUUGUGGGUAGCGUCUGGACAAAAGAAAACAAAGAGCUAAAUUCUCCAAAUUUACUGAAAAUGAUUCGACAUACAACAAACCUUACUCUGUGGUUUGAAAAGUGCAUUGUAGAAGCAGAAAAUUUUGAGGAGAGAGUAGCCAUUUUAGGUCGAAUUAUAGAGAUCUUGCAGGUUUUCCAGGAGCUCAACAAUUUUAAUGGUGUCCUGGAGAUUGUCAGCACAGUAAACUCUGUGCCAGUUUAUAGGCUGGAUCAUACUUUUGAGGUAUUGCCUGAGAGAAAGAAAAAGGUUUUAGAAGAAGCAGUGGACCUAAGUCAAGACCAUUUCAAGAAGUACCUAGCUAAACUUAAGUCAAUAAACCCACCUUGUGUGCCUUUCUUUGGUAUUUAUUUGACAAAUAUUCUGAAGACCGAAGUAGGGAAUCCAGAUUUUCUAAAACGAUGUGGGAAAGAACUAAUAAAUUUUAGCAAACGAAGGAAAGUAGCUGAAAUCACAGGAGAAAUUCAACAGUAUCAGAAUCAGCCCUACUGCCUACAAGUGGAGGCUGACAUAAAGAAAUUCUUUGAAAAUCUGAAUCCAAUGGAAAACAGGAAUGAAAAGGAGUUUACGGACUAUUUGUUCAAUAAAUCACUGUUAAUUGAACCACGAAACUGCAAACAGCCACCACGCUUUGUAAGUGCUGAUGAUGGUCUGGAGUACAUCCCGGAGACUGCAUUUACACAAAUAUCAUUUCCCAUUCGGACCGGUGUCAAGCAGGAUUGCGUCACUGACCCAAAACUGCUCUCGAACUACCUCACUGCAUUGCUUCACCUCACCGCUGACAAGCUCCCCACAGCUUCAAAUAUGCCAGAUAGUCCUCCUGCUAUUCCACCUCGGUUGCCUCGGGUUCCUGGAUUACAUGUUCUCUCAGAUGGUCUACUGCACAGUCCUCCUCCACCUCCUCCAAGGGAUCCAUUGCCUGAUACACCUCCACCCAUACCACUAAGGCCUCCUGAGCACUUCAUUAAUGAUCCUUUCAAUAUCCAGCCAGCACCAAAGAGCCACCUUCAUCGAGAUCAAGAUUGGUACAGAGAUUCAGGCCCAAACUUCAUUUCCCCCAGGACUCCUCCUCCAACACGAUCUCCCAUGACUAAACGACGUUCAAACCACAAUAACCCUAUUUAUUCCUCUGCUCCUCCUAUACCUCCCAGACAGAACUCUAGUCCACAGCUGCCAAAACUUCCGCCAAAGACUUACAAACGAGAAUUGUCGCAUCCUCCUUUGCACAGGGAUGGACUGCCAUUGUUGGAAAAUGCAGAAAUUCGACACUUACACUAAAUUUGAAGCACUGUAGGAAAUCGGGCAUCUGUAUUAAGGCACUGGGGCAAGAAAAUGUAUUGCUGUCUUUAACUUUUGUCAUCUUGUUAAUAACUGUGCAUUGCGAAGAUUGUGCACUUGAGAAACUGAUAUUGGAGUAAAACUGAAUCUUUGUGUCUCUUUCAUUCAGACUGCAGGAUGUUAUUGUGAUCUCCCCUCAGGUGAUGAGUAGCAUUUUCUUUCCUCAGACUUACAGUGCCAACAUAAUUACCUUGAAGUGUAACACAAGUUUGCAUUUGCACUGUACAAAUGAAUUAACUUAUUUGAACCAAUCAUUGCACUGAGCCAACAAGAUGAAUCCUUGAGACGUAUUUGAGCUCUAGUGGCCUUGUCAAGUGAUGGAAUUUCACAGACAUCAGGAAGGAUAUUAUAAUGCUGAUCCUGAGUGACUUUUCAUUUUGUUAGAAUGAGCUUUAUAGAUCUUUUACUGAAAUCCAAUAUUUGAUGCCGAUCACCUAAGGACAUACUUUCUGAAAUGUGGCGCUUUAUAUACAACUUGUUUCUGUAAUCAAGUUCUAUUGUUGACUGCUUCAAAUGUGAAAAGAAAUUGUAACACUAAUUAGAAUUUUUGAAUGGAAAAAGCUGUCUAACCUGCAUCAGUAUGUAAGAUGAUGUAGUCAGUUUGUACACAAAAAAGCAGUUAUAACUCAAGGACAGGAUUUCUCUCAAUAUUUCUUGUGAGCAUGCAUCUUUUCUCAGAUGUGCCUUUUGAUUUCAUUUGUAAACAAAAUUAUCUUCAAUUAUCAGGUCACCUAAGAACACAAAAAUGAGAACAAAAGUGAUUGUGAAUGUACAAUUUUUUUUAUUGCAUACAGGCAGAUAAUGACAUCUGUUUUAUAUAGACUGAACUGAGUAAUAUAAACAGUCUGCUAUCUGUAUGUUCCAUCAAAAUCUUAACUUGAUCAAGAACAAACAAACCAAAAUCCUUCUAAUGCAAACCACAGUACUAAACUGGCUCUGCUGUAGCAUUUUAUUAAAUCUUCUGUAGACUUCUUUCAGUAUUGUAUUUGAACCAAAAUACACUUCAAACUUUACUAAAAAUAAAUUAAAUAUAGUAGCCAUGACCUAAAAUUGCCUCCUUGCCAUAACUGGUGGUGUAUGAAAAGGUGAAGAAUUUGUUGUUUACCAGUAGUGUUGUAGCUGCUUUCCUGAAGUGAUUUAUGAUGGUCUUUUCAUUUAAUGUAAUGUGGCCUUCCAUUUGUACUUUGUAUCGGUGUCCUUAAUAAGAUCAAUAAAUUGUCCAGUCUUAAUUUUUACUUAAGCAUUCAAAAUUGCCUGUGUCACUUUAACAAAAAUCUUUUGAAUGUAUAUGAAUUUCUAAACCAUUAAUGUUUUUAAAUAUUUGCCUGAAAUUACUUUUUAUGUAUAUCUGGGCGACACGGUUGUUUCUCCUGAAAUAUUGCUAUCGGUAUUCUUGCUGUUUUGUAAAUUGAAUUUGUUUGCAAAAGAUUCAACUGGAAGCCUUAAAACUCUUUGAAUAAGUCUGCGGCCAACCAGAA